AUGGCCAUGACUUUCUUCGCUGCUACAAACACACCUCUGUUUUCAUCCGCCUGGACUCCCAACUCAACAGGACAGUAUGCCGGAACUUGCAUAUUUCUGAUAACCUUUGCGACCAUUUUCAGAGCUUUAUUGGCAGUUCGGGUCAACUUCUUCCAAAUCGCAGACGUACUCGAACGCCGACGUGGUAACGGCAGAAUACCAUCACACCAAACCAUUGAAAAAACGACAACCCGCCCAUGGAGAGCUAGUGAAGCUGUAAAUCUGGCAUUUAUGGAUGUUAUUCUUGCUGGCGUUGGCUAUUUACUAAUGAUCGCGGUAAUGACUAUGAAUGUCGGCUACUUUAUGUCCGUCCUUGCUGGCGUUUUCUUAGGAAGCGUAGUGUUUAAUCGCUUCUUGCCUUCUUCUACAGCUCAUUGA